UUACGGGUCAAGCGGGUUGCGGGUCAAGCGAGUUGUGUGUCAAUCGGGUUUGGGUCAAGCGGGUCGCGGGUCAAUCGGGUCACGGGUUAAUCAGGUUGCGGUCAACCGGGUUGCGGGUUGGGCGUGUUGCAGGUCUUUGACUUUUAGUCAAAUCAGGUUGCGGGCGGGUUGCGAAUCAGAUUGAUUGGGCGGGUUACUCGGAUCGGGCCAUGUUUUGACACCUAUAGUUUAUAGGGACUCAAAUGAUAGUUAUUUUAGUUCAAUGGCUUGUUUGAAAGAAAUGCAUGGUACAAGAGCAAAAAAUAAAAAAAGUUUCAUAAAAACGACACCCAAUCGACAAAUACGGCACGGUGAAGAACAAACGUGCAAGCAACUGUGCAAGCAUGGUUAGUGUUACCUUUUUCUGAUCGGAUCAGGAUUAGGGGAGUAGGGUAAGGGCGCAGUGUUUAGAUUGUAUAUAUAUACAGAUCUAAAAUUCAUCUAAGGCCAUCUUUGCGGCUGCCCUGUCUCCGACGUUAUGAACUCUUUCUCUGGGCGACUUUACUCGAGAGUUCGCCGGAAAUCCUAAUGUCUUAGACAUCUUCUUCGCCGCGGAGACUUUGGGCGGAGUCAGCAAACAAGGAAAGACAUAUCCAACCAGCCACCACGCUAUAACCAUGUCGUCCAUUUGUAGUUUCACAGAGCAGAUAGUAGAAGAAGAUAAAGGAGAUGACCCUGAAGCAGUCGCGGCUGGAUACUCUGUUUUCACGGGGAAAGAACCAGAAGGUUUGCAGGGAGAGGGUAGUAGUAGUAGUAAUAGUUGUUUAGAUCGGAUUAGUGGAUUGCCUGACGAAAUCCAUGUCAAAAUUCUGUCCGCCUUGGCCCUCGAGGAGGCAGUUAGAACUGCCGUUCUCUCAAACAGGUGGAAAGAUUUGUGGAAAUCUGCCGUAACAAUUCUGGACUUUGAGGCCCCGACGAAGUUGGAACAAAUUCAGGAUAUCUUUGGGACUCCUAGAGAAGAGCUUCAAAGGUUGCAGGAGGAGCACAGGCGUUGGUUCAUUGAUUGGGUGAAUGGGGUUGUGACGCAGCUGCAGGAGCACAAUUCUUGUGCCCCAAAACUGAGCAAGUUUCGGGUAUGUUUUAACUUAUGCAAAGCUUGCAAUUAUAGAGGAGAUAUAGAUGAAUGGCUGGAGUUUGCAAUAUCAAAGGGAGUUGAGUACCUUGAGCUGUCCUUCAAUCUGGAUUAUGAGCUUGGGACCUGGGAUCGUAAGUGCUAUCGUUUCUCACAAGAUUGUUUCCGUCACAUCAAAACUCCAACUGGGUUGGCCAAUAUCAAGUCUCUAAGGUCCUUGCGCUUGUGCUAUGUCGAUGUCAAGGGUGAGUUGCUUCAGCACUUGAUCUCUAAUUGCCCCUUGCUAGAAGAGUUGGUUGUGCACAAGUCGAGUUUGCUGAGGACACUGAAGGUCGUGGGUUCAUUAACAUCACCGAUUCCUUUGAAGCACUUGGAACUGACACACUGUCAGCAUCUGCAGUCCCUAGAGAUUGAUCAUGCCCCUCAUCUCGCACACUUGACGCGCGAGGGGCAUCAGGGUGUGGAAUUGCGUGUUGACAAUUGUGCACGUCUUGUGGAUGUGAACUUUGUCUGUCAAUCCAUACCUGGUUCCAUGAUUCAAUCGUUUUGUAGGUAUGCUGGUCAGUUGGAGUCCCUUACGCUGGAGCUAAGCUAUGGGGGCUUAAGCUUUCCGGAUGUGGGCGAACUCCACCUCAAGUGGCUCACACUAAGACUUCAUGCAUCAAAGGAUGAUAGUAUGCUCGGCAUGAUUCCUUUGAUCGACGCAUGCCCUCGUCUGCAGAAACUGACGGUGAAGCUCCAUACAGACACCGGUAACCAAUGUCGGCGCUAUCGGCAUGUUAAAAAAUGUCGUGAGAGCAUCAAAGUCGUAGAGAUUGUUGGGUUUUCAGGCUAUCAUGUCGAUUGCGAAUUUGUUGAUUAUGUGCUGGAGCAUUACGUGGGGUUGGAGACUAUAGUGAUUGAUAGAGGAUUGACCACCCCGUUUAAGGGUCGCCUAACGAACUAUUGCAGUGAGGAACAAGCCAACAUAGCCAGAAAGCUUGCCUUGGAGCUCAAGUCUAAAGCAUCCCGGUCAGUUGAAUUUGUAGUAAUCUAGUUGUCUCAUAAUAUUGCGGUGAGGAACACGCGAACAUAGCCAGAAAGCUUGCCUUGGAGCUCAAGUCUAAAGCAUCCCGGUCAGUUGAAUUUGUUGUAAUCUAUUGUAAUCUAGUUGUCUCAUAAUAUUUCUUUUAAACUUAGUUAUUUCAAUCUUCCGGCUUUCCAGUAUUCAAUGGGCUAAGCUAGGAUACUGUAUCAUUAUUCAUUUCCUUGUGUCACUGUGUAUAUGUUGGAAUUCCUUUUACAUAUAAUUAGUGGGUAUGCUUUUUGCCAAUGUUUCUUGCUACUGUUUCAAUUCUUGGCCUUUAGUGAGCUGAACCCUCAAACCUUCCACUGGAGAGCUCCUUUCAAACCCGACUUUGGUGACUGGCCCGACCCACCAGAAGUUCUCGGCUGCUGCACUGGACGGCCAUGCUUUUCCUCCUGCUCCCCCGUCAAUUUCACUGUCCUCCUUCCAAUUACCUUCUCUCAUAUGGUCCUGCACGCCACCGCCCAUGUCGCUUUUGCAGAGCUCUUUGGCCACGCCUCCUUCCCAUCCGUCACAGCUGCUUGGACACGGCACCAACCAUCGAUUGUACGGAUUCAGCAACACCACCACUGUGGAUUGGGAGAAGAGUUGUCCUCUCUUCUGGUUUCCAGGCUUUUGAACUGAGCUUUGGCCCCUUUUGUGCAUUGCAACCCCUUUGGCCCGCUGCUGAUUUUCUUCCACAAAAUCAUCCCUCCAUCCCGUCAGUCUUUUCCCCCGUCUCCUUGCAUCCCCACUCAUCCAUAUCCCUAUCAGCGGCAACGAUUGUGAGAAUCCUCCCUUGGCACCAGGGAGGACCAGCUACAGGGAUCAUUGAUUUUUUUGUAGGUGAUUGAUGAAAGUUCGUUCGCAGAAAAGAGCCUAACAAAAUAGUUGAUUUUAGAAGCAACAUACAUCGAUUCUUUCCACUCUUUAUGGUCGAGGUCUAUCAGCAGCAGCUCCGACGCGGAAGGUAACGACGAUGACAAGGAUGCUAACGACGGGGAAGGUGUUGGACAUUCACAUCUCGGCAAUGGCCACAUAGUUAUCGUUGUGGGCUCAGUUUAUUGCCGAACUUCAGUGCGGGGUGGACAGAGACACACCAAAAGAGGGGGACGAGUUGUGUUCAAAAUAGUUCCACGACAACGGGAACAAGAAUGCCUCGAAUGCCAAUCUUCUUUUCUUGAUAGAUGGGUUGAAAGGUGGGAACCUGUAGUAUGAGCAUGCUUUUGCUGCUGCUAGAUUCGAGAAACUUGAUUCUCCUACACCAUCAUCACUUGCCUGUUCCAGUCCAUUCCACUAAUCUUUGAAACUCUUCAGGUAGAUGUUAACCACAUCCGUGUAAAGCAGAGUAGGCUGCAGGGAAGAUUGACUUUUAUUGUGGGUUACUAUGGAGCUAGAUUCUUUGGCCAAACGCAACGAACCCUCCAGGAACAAACCAUACAGUACCAAGUUAGUCAUGGUUAACCGAGGGCAGAGGUCGGAACCGCCAAAUCAGGUAGUUCAUCAAUCAACUAAAACCAUCUCCUGAAGCUCGAGUCAUCAGUCCAACUAUCAUCAUGUACAAAGCAUUUAAAGUGAAAUCUUCUAGAAAUUGGUGGUCUACCAAUUGAAGAACAAUUGCAGACAGGAGAGUGGACAGUGUAGCCACAGUGGCGAUUGCUGAAAGCAAGGACUUCAAUAAGAAACAUAAGCUUGGAGAAAUGGUUAUGCAGGGUGGGACAACACCUUGACAAUCCGUUAGGAGUGGUGGUAGUCCUCUGUCACUGGUAAUUGAAGAGAUCUCGAGAAGCAAUGCAAGCAACCAUCUAUAUGCUUCUACAUGGAGAGGGUCAAAGAGAUUACAAAAAACAGCUGGAAACAAGAUGGUGCAUAGAGCGGGAUAUUAAAAGAAACUAGGGAAUUGCAGUUUUAGAGCAACUCCAUUCAACAACGCAGUCCUAUUCAACACGAAAAGCAUUUUCAGUUGGCAGUCAGAUCAGUUGGUGGGAAUAGAAGCUUGAUUUGAUGUAAAGUGUCACCUUGGAUAGUCAUAGUCGAUGGAUAUACUUUUGGGGAUUAUGUUAUAGGAUUUUAGUUCUCAUUACAGAUAAAGUUAUUGCAGGUAGCAUUUUUCAGUUUUGGCACGGGUGUACUGCACAUUGUGGUCAAUCCAAUUAGUGAUUCUACUUAGCUUACUAUGAAGUGUAAUCUUGCCUUUGUAGAUUAGAUAGUGAAAUGUAACUAAAUUUGACAAUUACAGGUUUCUUUCAUA